AAAGCAGGAACAAUAUCAAUUCUAGCUGUACCAUAAGGAGAAAAGGAGGAAUUUUUAAUCCAAACAAAAACAAAAAACGAAAACAGUUUCAUUGUUUUUAUUAACGCAUUUUCUCAACGUGUUGCUGCCAAUCUGAUAUCUUUCUCUCUCUUAUCUUUCUUUCCCUGUGCUUCUCCGACACCCGGUAGUCCGCAGAGUACUCCUCGUUGUGCUCACACUUUCUCACUCUUUUUCUCUCUCUCUCCAAACAAGAAAUAUAACACCUUCAGAUCUAAUCGUUUUGGAAAAUCAGAAAAUAAAAAUAUAAAAGAAAAAUAAAUCGCUUUCUGGGUUUGGUUAUUGGAGUGAUUAAUGCUUGAGAUCCCAAUUCCCAAAUCCCCAAUUCCGAAAUCCAAACAGCAAUCCCCAAAACCCUAAUUCGAGGAACGAAAAGGAGAACUUUGGUGAGCAAAAACUCCAAUGGAGCAGUUGAAAACGAUAGGGCGAGAGCUAGCGAUGGGCUCGCAGGGUGGGUUCGGGCAAUCAAAGGAGUUCCUUGACCUCGUGAAGUCAAUCGGAGAAGCUCGAUCCAAAGCCGAAGAGGAUCGAAUCGUUCUCCACGAGAUCGAAACCCUAAAGAAACGACUCUCCGAACCCGACAUCCCAAAGCGCAAGAUGAAAGAGUACCUAAUCCGACUUGUCUACGUCGAGAUGCUCGGGCACGACGCGUCGUUUGCUUACAUCCACGCCGUCAAGAUGACCCACGACGACAAUCUCCUCCUUAAACGCACUGGCUAUCUUGCCGUUACUCUCUUCCUCUCCGACGAUCACGACCUUAUUAUCCUCAUCGUCAAUACUAUUCAGAAGGAUCUUCGCUCUGAUAAUUACCUUGUCGUUUGUGCUGCUCUCAAUGCUGUUUGCAAGCUCAUAAACGACGAGACUAUCCCUGCCGUUCUUCCCCAGGUGGUUGAAUUGCUUGGCCAUUCGAAAGAUGCUGUGAGAAAGAAGGCAAUCAUGGCCCUCCAUAGAUUCUACCAGAAGAGCUCCUCCGCUGUGUCUCAUCUUCUCACAAACUUCAGAAAGCGGCUCUGCGACAAUGAUCCUGGGGUUAUGGGGGCUACUCUUUGUCCUCUGUUCGAUCUCAUUACCAUCGAUGCUAAUCCUUACAAGGAUUUGAUUGUGAGCUUCGUUAGCAUUUUGAAACAGGUGGCUGAGAGGAGGUUGCCCAAGUCGUACGAUUACCAUUCCAUGCCUGCUCCGUUUAUUCAGAUCAGGUUGCUCAAGAUUCUAGCUUUGCUGGGUCGUGAUGAUAAGCAAGCUAGUGAGAAGAUGUAUACCGUGGUGGGAGAUAUAUUCAGGAAGUGUGAUUCAAGUAGUAAUAUAGGAAAUGCUAUACUUUAUGAGUGUAUAUGCUGCGUCUCUUCCAUUUUUCCCAAUCCUAAGCUGUUAGAAUCUGCUACUGAAGUUAUUUCAAGAUUCUUGAAGAGCGACAGCCAUAAUCUCAGAUAUAUGGGUAUUGAUGCCCUUAGUCGAUUAAUAAAGAUAAGCCCCGAGAUUGCUGAACAACAUCAACUGGCUGUGAUUGAUUGCUUAGAGGAUCCAGAUGAUACUCUUAAGCGAAAAACAUUUGAACUACUUUAUAAAAUGACAAAGUCCUCCAAUGUUGAAGUGAUUGUUGAUCGGAUGAUUGACUACAUGAUUUGCAUCAACGAUAAUCAUUAUAAAACCUAUAUAGCUUCUCGAUGUGUGGAACUUGCAGAGCAGUUUGCACCGAGUAACCAUUGGUUUAUUCAGACUAUGAAUAAAGUCUUCGAGCAUGCGGGGGAUCUUGUUAAUGUAAAAGUGGCUCAUAACUUGAUGAGGUUGAUUGCAGAAGGAUUUGGAGAGGAUGAUGACACUGCCGAUAGUCAGCUAAGAUCAUCUGCUGUGGAAUCAUAUUUGGGCAUUAUUGGAGAGCCCAAACUGCCAUCAGUGUUUCUUCAGGUCAUAUGUUGGGUUCUUGGGGAAUAUGGAACUGCUGAUGGGAAGUAUUCUGCUUCCUAUAUCACUGGGAAACUAUGUGAUGUGGCAGAGGCAUAUUCCAAUGAUGAAACUGUUAAGGCAUAUGCCAUUACAGCAAUCAUGAAAAUAUAUGCAUUUGAAAUAUCAGCUGGGAGGAAAGUGGAUAUGCUACCUGAGUGUCAAUCCUUGGUGGAAGAAUUAUCAGCUGCACACUCAACAGAUCUGCAGCAACGUGCAUAUGAAUUGCAAGCUGUCAUUGGUUUGGAUGCUCGUGUUGUUGAGAGCAUAAUGCCUUCAGAUGCAAGUUGUGAAGACAUUGAGGUGGAUAAAGACCUUUCAUUCCUUGACAAUUAUGUAAGACUCGCAAUAGAAAAAGGUGCUCAGCCAUACAUUCCUGAGAGUGAGCGCUCUGGAAUGCUAAAUGUCAGCACCUUUAGAGGCCAAGAUCAGCAUGAAGCUUCAACGCAUGGUCUUAGAUUUGAAGCAUAUGAGCUUCCGAAAGCACCUAUUCCAGCAAAGGUUGUUCCAAUUGCCAGUUCAACUGAACUUGUUCCGGUACCUGAGCCAUCAUAUUCUAGGGAGAUCCCCCAGGCUGCACCAGUGUCAUCUGUCUCGGAUGUAGGGUCAUCAGGGCUUAAGCUACAUCUUGAUGGUGUUCAGAAAAAGUGGGGUAGGCCAACAUACUCCUCUACCCCACCAUCUACUUCAAACUCUACUUCUCAGAAGACGGUGAAUGGUGUUUCACAAGAUGGUCGGAGCACUGCAAACUCAAAAGCUCGAGACAGUUAUGAUUCAAAGAGGACACAGGUUGAAAUUAACCCUGAAAAGCAGAAGCUUGCUGCUUCGUUGUUUGGGGGUUCAUCAAAAACUGAGAGAAAACAAUCAUCUGCCAACCAUAAGGUGGCUAAAGCAAGUAGCCAGGCAGCAGAGCCAUCUCAAGUUUCCAACACAACUGUUGUAGCUUCUGUUGGGACAAAUCUUCAACCUCCUCCAGAUUUGCUUGACUUCAGUGAACCAACUGUUACAACUAGUGCUCCAUUGUUAGAUCCCUUCAAGCAGUUGGAAGGCCUUCUAGAUUCAAACGCAGCAGUUGCCUCAACUGCGAAUCAUGGUGGAGGAAAUGCUUCUAAAGAACCUGAUAUAAUGUCAUUAUAUGCGGAUAUGCCUCUAAGUGGGCAUAGCAGCAGUACAGAGAACACUAUUUCAACCCACGGGGAUGAUGCUAAUCUUAUGUCCGGGUUCUCAAAUGCCGCCAGGAUUGAUCAUGGUGGACCUACAGUUGAACACUCCACGCAACAACUUAGCAAGGGACCAAACCCAAAAGAUUCCUUGGAAAAGGAUGCACUUGUAAGGCAGAUGGGUGUGAACCCAUCAAGUCAGAAUCCCAAUUUAUUUAGAGAUUUGCUUGGCUGAAAGUUGUCACAUGGAAAAACUUGGAUUGGAAAACUGUUCGAAGUUUGAUUAUUUGAUUGGUGCAUUUUUAUUAUGAGACAGGAUGAAUAGCUGAAUAGGGGAGACAUUUAUCAUAUAUUCAGCAACAAGAGAAGCAGGAUCAUUUAUCAUGGUGGAGACACCGGCAUGGAGCAGUUUGAUCUUGCCGGUGUAAUUUGAUCUCGAGAAGUGAUGGUAAAGAGUCUGGUACAGGUAGUCAGUGGAGACCUUUUACCCCUUGGUGCUUGUUAAGGCCGCGGAGUGGGGGGAGUUUAAAUGGAGGAGGCAAUAUUUUUCUAUAGUUGUAUGAAUUUACCAAAUAUUUAUUUAUCUUGUUACAAUAAUGCUGUGAAUUAAUGAGAUUUUUUUUUUCCCCGUCCCAA